AGACGCUCACUGGUGCACCGUAACUCCCAAGGGCACAUGUCAGCCAGAAGCAGUGAGUUCAGAAUGUCGUCUGUGGAUGAGGAUUGUGCUUCGGUAACUUUAGACCCGCUGGAGCACGAGUGGAUGAUGUGCACGGCAGACGGCGAGUGGGACAGUCUGCAGCGGCUGCUCGAGUGUGAACCCACACUCAUCUCCAAGAAGGACUUUGUCACGGGGUUUACGUGUCUGCACUGGGCGGCCAAGCAAGGCAAACACGAGCUUUUCGCAAUGCUGGUGGAUUUCGCCAAACGGCACGGCGUCGCCAUCAACGUAAACGCCCGAUCCAGCGCCGGCUACACGCCUCUGCACCUGGCAGCCAUGCACAAUCAUAUAGAGGUCAUGAAGCUUCUGGUGGGAGCGUAUGAUGCUGACGUGGAUGUGCGGGAUUACAGCGGGAAGAAAGCGGCGCAGUAUCUCCGAUCCAGCGACACAUGCGACAUCAAGGACAUCAUAGGGGCUUGUGUGAACUCUGACACAGAGAACGCAUCUGGAGCCGGGCGAUGGAAGCUUCCUAAAGUCCUGCAGUCCAACCUCAACGCUCUACGGUUACUGAACCACCCUGAAGAGAUGACGGCCGAUGCUCAGCCCAGGCCCAGGUCUCUGUAUCGGAAAUCCUCCAUCAGCCGCAUCAGACUGCAGAGGAACCGCUUCAAGACGCAGAUCGUCCACAGCACGUCGUUCAGAGAGAACGAGGAAGGAGAGGAGUCUCUCAAGAGCCCGGUCAAAUCCAGACCCUUGUCCAAUCUGUUUGGCUGAGACGGAAAUGUGAAUAAUAGAGACCUAUGCAAAGACAUUGUUACUCUGAGAUCAGCUGAGCUGCUUGUUUACUGCGUGGUUCAAACU